AUGAAAUCUCUAAAAAUUAACAAUCAAUUUAUCGUAUCUCGUAAAUUAGCAGCUGGCAGUUUUGGAUUUGUCAUGUUAGCCUUUGAUUAGAAGUCUGGAUAACACGUUGCUAUUAAAUUUGAAAAGCCUGAGAAUCAGCAUCAUCAUUCUUUAGAAAAAGAAAUAGACAUCAUAAGAAGAUUAGAAGGAGUUCAAGGAGUACCCUAACUAAUUUAUGCUGGACAAGAAGAUGACUUCAAUGUCCUUGUUUUAUAACUAUUAUCAAAAGAUUUAUCAACUUUGAUAAAAAAAUAUAAACAAUUUAGUUUAAAAACUACAUUACAAAUAGCUAUUAAAUUAGUGCAGGUCUUUUAAGACAUACAUUAGAAAGGAGUCCUACAUAGAGAUCUCAAACCUGAAAAUAUUAUGAUAGAUGAAAAUAACAAGUUCUAUUUAAUUGAUUUUGGAAUUAGUAAAAUUUAUCUCAAAAAAAAUGGAUCAAUUUAGUAUAAAAUUGUUAUAUUUAGACCUUUCAAAGAUCGACAACCAUUUAUUGGCACCUCUCGAUAUGCUUCAAUAGCAGCCCAUAAAGGUAAUGAAUUAGGAAGAAAAGAUGACCUGGAGUCCAUGUUCUAUGUGUUGCUCUUCUUUAUUUAUGGUAAAUUGCCUUGGCAGAAUAUCAAACAACUCCAUAGUGAUUUAAAAAUUGAAUAGGUUGGCGAAAUGAAGCUUUUGAGAACUAAUGAACUUUUAAAUGAGCUCCCAGUUGAAUUUAAAAAAAUUUAUGAUUACUUAAGAAAAUUGACUUAUGCAACUGAACCAGACUAUACGUCAAUUAUAAAACUAUUUUAAUAGGCGGCUAAAAAUUCAAAAAUUACAUUAGAUACCUUUUAUGAUUGGGACAUGUAAAACACAACCUAGACUGGAAAUUUUUCUCAUUUUGGAACCAUAUAAUUUGAGGAUAACUUAUAAUCUGAUAAGUAAUCUUCUAAGUAAAUUAUGCAUCUAAAUACUCAAUCUGCCAGUCCCGUAAAACGGAGAACUGCUGGUCCUUCAUUGAUGAAACAACAUUAACCUUUUCUAUAGAUCAUCAAAGAUCAAAAGAGCAGAGGGAGUAGUCAUAGUCCUUUAAGUAAAAUUGAGGGGCUGAACCAAAUUUCAAUAGAUGAGAUAAGUGAAGAUUCAGAAUAUGUUAUACCUAAUGAAUGUGAACAUAAUCGUAAUAUUCGAGUUAGAACUAUGCCCGAUGAAUUAAAAAAACCUAAAUUAAAACCUUUUUAAAACCAAACAUUAUGUUUCGAUGAUGAAUGGUUAAUAGAAUCUGAUAAAAAUUUAGUAGAUAAUUAUAAGAAUUUAGAAUCUAUUAGUUAUUAAAUUACUACUAUAUUUCAAAAUAAAUUAAAAUGA